UCAUCCGCCUCCAUGGCCUUGAUUGUCGCCACGAGGUCACUAGAUCCUCUGGCCAUGGCGACAGCAGAAGGAAGAGGAUCUCUAGAGCAAUCAAGACAGUUUCAUUGGAGAGUAGCUUCCAGAGUGGGUGGAGGAAUGGCAAGGCAAGCGACGUGUCAGGGCGUGACACAGGUGGAGCAAGUGAGAGUCUCCUCUGGAGGUAGCGUCGCCUUGCAGCGCAUGAAAGCACCAUCACCGUCGCAAGGUAGCUGGAUGGUAUUGUGCACCAUGGUGAAAGGAAAUGAGGGGGAGGCGGGGGGAUGCCUCUCGACGACAGUGGCUACUUGCCUAAGUUGCCUCAACUCGUCUCUAGCUCUAAGGCUCCAACUCCAAGUCCACCUUACCUUAUGCACAGUGACGAGACAUCUACUACUUGAGUUGUCUUCGCCCCAUAGGGACCCAUGCAGCUCUGCCUCUGAUUCUCCUCAAGCUCUCGACGACAGUGGCUACUUGCCUAAGUUGCCUCAACUCGUCUCUAGCUCUAAGGCUCCAACUCCAAGUCCUCCUUACCUUAUGCACAGUGAUGAGACAUCUACUGCUUGAGUUGUCUUCACCCCAUAGGGACUCAUGCAGCUCUGCCUCUGAUUCUCCUCAAGCUCUCGGCAUAAUCAUAAACCCACUAUUGCCCAUCUCUCAAGCUCUCGACAUAACUGAGUUGAGGAAUUUGCAUAUUGGUGCUGGAGCAAAGAAAAGGAAAAAGGUAACUGGGUGAUUGAGUUGACAACUUUUUUUAUUUUUUUUUAUUUGUUUGGCUUUUUGUGUCAUUGUUUUAUGGUCUGUAUUACUGUGGCCUUCCUAAUUUUAUGUUAGGUGUUAUGCAAUUUCAUCCCUGUACAACACUUUAUAUAUAUAUAUAUAUAUUGGGCAUAAAUUUAUUCAUGCAUG